UCAAGUGGGCAACAUCCCACCCAAAGCCCGAGAGAGCCAGCAUAAAGUCAGACAUCACUUCACUUGUUCGUGAGUUCUAUGCCCCGGACAAACAGGCUGAGUUACCGGGAGAAAUAACGGUGUUCAUUUUCAGUCACACAGAAUUAAACCAUUUUCGCCGCAAUGGGGUUGAGAUUGAUCCAGUUCAUCUCAUAUCUUUCGCUUCUCUUUCACCUGGAAUGGACGCACAUAUCGGCUUUCAACCUGGACACAGAAAACGUCAUUGAAAAGAAAGGAGAGCCCGGGAGCCUUUUCGGCUUCUCUCUGGCUAUGCAUUGGCAAUUAAACCCGUUAGAUAAAAGAAUGUUGCUGGUUGGUGCUCCAAGGGCCAAAGCUCUGAGAGGUCAGAAGGCCAAGAUCACAGGAGGACUCUACAACUGUGACACCACUUCCACUUCCUCCAGCUGUAGCCGAGUGCAGUUCGACAACGAUGAGGACGUGAACACCGAGAGUAAGGAGAACCAAUGGAUGGGUGUAACAGUAAACAGCCAGGGGCCGGGAGGAAAGAUUGUGACGUGUGCCCACCGCUACCAGCGCCGUCUGUUUGUGAACACAGCCCAGGAGUCUCGUGACAUCACGGGGCGGUGUUACGUGCUGAGCCAGGACCUGACCAUCGGUACCGAGUCUGAUGAGGACGGAGGCAACUGGAGGUUCUGUGAGGGGCGGGCACGCGGCCAUGAGAGGUUUGGUUCAUGCCAACAGGGUCUGUCUGCCACCUUCACCAGGGACUACCACUACCUGGUGUUUGGUGCUCCUGGAGCGUACAACUGGAAAGGUGUGGUGAGAGUAGAGCAGAAGAACAACACUCUGUUGGAGAUGGGUUUCUAUGACGACGGGCCCUAUGAGGUGGGCGAUGAGAACCGGUUAGACCCAGACCUGGUCCCCGUGCCUGCUAACAGUUACUUGGGCUUCUCUCUGGACUCGGGGAAGGCCAUCACUAAGAAGGGUCAGCUGACCGUGGUUGCCGGUGCCCCGAGAGCCAAUCACAGCGGGGCAGUGGUGUUGCUAAAGAAGGAGACCGAAGCGUCCACCAUGUUGUCACCAGAGCACAUCCUGGAAGGGGAGGGGCUGGCCUCGUCGUUCGGCUACGACCUCGCUGUGGUGGAUCUGACCGCCGACGGGUGGGAGGACAUCGUGGUGGGAGCCCCGCAGUUUUUUGAGAAGGACGGGGAGGUGGGCGGAGCCAUUUAUGUCUACGUUAACAAGGGCGGAGACUGGAGUAAGGUCACGCCCACCAGGAUAGACGGACCUCGGGACUCCAUGUUUGGACUGGCCGUAGAAAACCUGGGAGAUCUCAACCUGGAUGGCUAUAAGGACAUCGCUGUGGGAGCACCCUAUUAUGACAGUGGGUCAGGGAAGGUGUUUAUCUACCACGGCUCAGCUCAGGGCAUCAACGUCAAACCUGCACAGGUGUUGUCAGGGGUGCCAUCGGAGACAAAGUUGUUUGGUUAUUCCCUAGCUGGUAACAUGGACCUGGACAGGAACUCGUACCCUGACCUGGCCGUUGGAUCUCUCUCCGACUCUGUGUUCGUCUACAGGACUCGGCCGGUCAUUAGCAUCCAGAAGGUUGUCAAGACAACGCCAAAGGAGAUCGAUCUGACUAAGAAAAACUGUGGCAACAGCAUCUGCUUGGAGGUAGAGGCCUGCUUCUCCUACACCGCCAACCCUAAAUCCUACAGCCCCAGACUGACGGUGGCGUACUCCUUUGAGGCGGAGGCGGAGCGUCGGAAGAAGGGUCUCCCUCCCAGAGUGACCUUCUCCACGCGUUCCAGCGACGUCAACGACUACCAGUCCAUCGGUGUUCUCGUCCUCAGUGGACAGGGCAAGAAGGAGUGUAUCACCGCCAAACUCACACUGCAGGAGAACAUUAAGGACAAGCUCAGGGGAAUCCCCAUCGACGUUACCGUGGAGAUAAAGAACUCCAAAAGGAAAAGAAGAGCGCUCCCAGAACUCCCGCCCAUCCUCGACUCCAACGAGCCUAUCACGGCCCGCGCUGAGGUGAGCUUCCUGAAGGAGGGCUGUGGCAGUGAUAAUGUGUGUCAGAGCAACGUACAGCUCCAGCAUCGCUUCUGCUACAGAGAACCCAACAAGGACGUCUUCCAUCCACUACCUAUAGAGGAUGGGGUGCCAGUAGUCUCCCUUAGCGACCAGAAGGACAUCGCCCUGGAGAUCACGGUGACCAAUCAGAAUGGAGAUGAUGCCCAUGAGGCGGCGUUGGUUGCCUCCUUCCCCCCCUCGCUCUCCUACUCUGCCUCCCGCUCUGCACCCAACGCGGACAAGCAGGUGAUCUGUGUGACCAAUACGAACGGCUCUCAGGCAGACUGUGAGCUGGGGAACCCCUUCAAGCGAGGCUCAGAGGCGAAGUUCUACAUCAUCCUGAGUACAGCUGGCAUCUCUCUGAACACCACAGAGCUGGAGAUAGACCUGAAGCUGGAGACGACGAGUGACCAGCAAAACGUGGCCAGAGUCAAGGCCAAGGCCAAAGUGGUGAUCGAGCUGCUGCUGUCCCUCACAGGAGUGGCCAAGCCCUCCCAGGUCUACUUUACUGGAGAGGUCAAAGGUGAGAGCGCCAUGAAGUCCGAGGGAGACAUCGGCAGCCCCAUCGAGUACGAGUUCAGGGUGAUUAACCUGGGGAAGCCCCUGAAGACAUACGGCAGCGCCGCCCUGAUCGUCAAUUGGCCAAAGGAGACGGUGGAGGGGAAGUGGCUCCUGUACCUGAUGAAGAUCGACUCCAGAGGCCUGGAACAGAUCACCUGCUCCCCUGAGAGAGAGAUCAACUCACUCACUGUCAAAGAGGAGCCGAGCAGCACCAGGAGAAGACGAGCCGUAGGGGAGACGGACAAACCUCAGGGGGGAACCAUCGCACGACUGACUGACAAGAGGAAAUACACUACUCUGUCGUGUGAGGACGGGGCAAAGUGUGUGGAGAUUCGCUGCCCCCUUCAGGGCCUGGACAGUAAUGCAGUCAUCCUGCUCAGAUCUCGCCUCUGGAACAGCACAUUCCUGGAGGAGUACUCCAAGCUGAACUAUCUGGACGUGAUCGUGAAAGCCUCUCUCAGAGUGAACGGCGCAGCUAAAAACAUGGUCCUGAGGAACGCCGAGACGCAGGUGAGAGUGACGGUGUUCCCAGAGCGUCGUGUGGCUCAGUACGGAGGACUCCCAUGGUGGAUCAUCCUGGUAGCCAUCUUGUUAGGGCUGCUGCUGCUCGGCCUGCUGGUCUUCCUGCUGUGGAAGUGUGGUUUCUUCGGGAAAAAGAAAGAGGAUGUACCACCCUCUGACAAAGAGAGAUUGACGUCUUCUGACGCGUAAAAGAGGGAGAGACGCUGUCUCUGGGGUAAACGCAUCUAUACCCACCUAUACAUGCCCAGGGUCACAGAGGAUGGACGGACACAGUGGCAGACUAACUAUCGCUGAAUGGGGGGGGGGGAACGCUUUCGCUAAUGAACAAGCAGUAAAGGGGCUCAGAGCUACGAAAUCAAAUGCAAUGGCUUUGACGAUGGAACGGAUGGAAUGUUAAAGAGCUCAGCUGACAGGUUGCUGUAGAAAAAGCACUUCUAGUUUCUGCUUGGAAAUGUCCUUCUUUCUAACUGUUGUUGUGGAGUUAUGGACGGUUUACUUGCAUGGCCAUGUGGGUAUGAAUGCUUCCUUUGGUUGAAAAAUCCUUAUGCCAUGUAUACGAACUGUUCUCCUAUCGCUCUAAAGACCUUCUGGGUUGGUCCUUGUGGUCUUCAUCGCUCUCUGUCUCUGGUUUCUGCUUCUGUGGUCGCCAUUGGAACUUCAAGCACUUCCUGUCUGAAGGCUCUGAAGUGGUUCUCUCUCAGCCUGGUUUAUAGGGGCGUUGCUACAUUACAGAUUUCUGCAUGUAGGACCACCGAUGGCUCUGUAUCGCCUCCUACUGUUCAAGAGCCUCACUCACAUCUCUGCCCUUAAAGGGAUAGUACACCCCAAAAUCAAACAUUUAGACUUUUCCAUAGUUUGAUGUGAGGGUGAACUAUUCCUUUUAUGUUGUCGAGACGCUCAAAACUGCUAGUUACUGAUUUUCUAUGUGCUGUUUUUUUGUUGUUGCCGCCGACAGUGUGGGUUUUUCAGACGCUCCAAGUACGACGACAGCGUUCCCAGUUAUAAUGCGGUGCGGAUACAAAAGGAGAAGAAAGACCAACUGGGAAGCCUGGAAAAGAAAGCCUGGAUAACGAGCUGGAGUGAGAACGAGAGUUACUCUUAAUGGUGGAACGCUGGAGCUCCCGUUCCCACAGACAUUGAUCUGACUAUUCCAAGGCCCCGCGCCACAGUAUGGACACAAAAAUUACACAUUUUUUAAAAAGGAUUGUAGAAAAGCUUUAUUUGUGUACUUUAAGGACAGACGGUUAGAUAAGGUGAAAUAACACUUCAUCAAAUUGUCCCUUUUUGGGGAUCAAUUAAGUAGUACCUUGUCUGAUUGAAUUUUAUCUUGAUAGUGACAUCCAUGUUGAUCACUGGACAGAAAGAGAAGAUUUUUGUGUGUUCUUUUACAUUUUGGGUCAAGAAUCCCAGCUGUCUCUCUUUCAAAGCUCUGGAUGUUGUUUUGUAAAUGUACACUUAUGGAAUAGGCUAGAGUGUUUUAUAUGUUUUGUAUAUUUUGAAGAAUGUGUAUUUAUUGUAUGAGGAGAAUGUUACCUACAAAGUACUCCACUGGCCAAAUCAUUUUUCAGAAUGAGUUUUUUUUUCUUCCAAGAUAUGGAAGGAUGGAUGCCUCAAAUCACAAAUAAUCUCAAAACCAUUUGGGUGUAAGGACAGUUAUACACAUUUCGCAUGUUUAACUGUGGCCAUUUUUCAUCAAGUUAAAGCAGGAGCUAAUCAACAGCUUUCCCAUUCAAUCUUUCUAUAUUAUUUAUAUCUAUGUACUAACGUCCAUAACUGCUCAGAGAGAACGUUGUGAACUUAUAAGUAUUAGAUUGUUGAGAUGGACCAGUGAAGCAGAGUGAGUGGAGAAACUACAUAUCGUAGUUCUUCUAACCGGUCACGUUAAAUCAGUGUUCAUUUCAAGGAAGUGAAGAAAUUAUGCCUUUUUUUUGGUUUUGUAGAAGUAUUUAAACAGGACCCAUUUCAUCCUUAACGUGGAGGAUUUGUCCAGUGACAGCUGUUGACAAUGUAAAGUAAAAGUGUGAAAAAUUGCCAUGCUAAAUAAAUGUUUUUACAUCCUGUACAAAGUCA